UUUUGUUAGAGCAGCCCAAAGAGAUUAAGACAGGCCCUACCCAAGACCUAGUGAAUCAGAAGUUGUGGCAGUGAGGCUGAGAAUUUUUAACUGUAGUUUAACAAACCCUCUAGGUGAUUUGAAUGCACACCCAAGUUUGAGAACCAUUGCUCUGUGGUGACUAGCUCAAGGAACUACACCUUGAUGUUCCCAGGAAAUGUUUAUGUGGUGGAUGUUGGAUGACUGACCAGGCGGACAUUGUCUUUCCAGGUUUCUUGGUGUCUCUGGGGAGCCCCUGGGCCAGGUCUUCCUCCAGACUCCAGCCCACCUCUCCCCAACAGCUCUGCUGGAGUUCACAGAUGUCCACCAAGCUUUAGGCUCCUGAGAGAAUAAAGGUUGAGAGCCGGCUUGAGAGCCAGCAUGACCAUGCCAGCUAAUUGGACUUCUCCCCAGACAUCCCUGGUCCUGGCUCCAGAAAAACAUGGCAUCUCCUGUGAGGGAUCAGUGUCCUUCAAGGACGUGGCUGUGGAUUUCAGCAGAGAGGAGUGGCAGCAUCUAGACCUUGCUCAGAGAAACCUGUACCGAGAUGUGAUGCUGGAGACUUACAGCCACCUGCUCUCAGUAGGGUAUCAAGUUCCUGACCCAGAGGUUUUCAUGUUGGAGCAAGGAAAGGAGCCAUGGGCACUGCAGGGUGAGAGCCCACAUCAGAGCUGUCCGGAAGAAUUGUGGCAGAUUGGUGACCAGAUAGAGAGCUAUCAGCGAAGAGAAAACAAAUCUUUAAAGGAUGUUCCUUUCAUCAAGAAAAUAUUGACUACAGAGAGGGAUUAUGAAUAUAAGCACAUUAGAAAAAUAAUUCAUGUGAGCCGAAACAUUUCUUCCCUAAAAAGACCCCAUCAAUGUGACUCAUUUGGAAUUGCUUUGAGGCAAAAUUUAGAUUUACACAGUCAUAAUAGAAACAGGGGAUCAAAGAACAUUAAUAAGAUUGCUGAAUAUGGUAAAAUUUCUUCCUGUAUUGACCGUGAGUGUACCCCAGCAGGAGAGAAAUUAUGGGACCAUAAUCAAUGUGGAAAAAUUCUCAGCUAUAAACAAGCACCCUCUCAACAUCAGAAAAUUCAUACUGGGGAGAAAUCUUAUGCAUAUGCUGAAUUUGGAAAGAUCUUCACCCAGAAGUCACAACUCAAGGUACAUCUGAAAGUUCAUACAGGAGAAAAACUCUAUGUAUGUAUUGACUGUGGGAAGGCUUUUGUACAGAAACCAGAAUUCAUUACACAUCAGAAAACUCACACUAGAGAGAAGCCCUUUAAGUGCAGUGAAUGUGGAAAAGCCUUUUUCCAAGUAUCUUCUCUUUUCAGACAUCAGAGAAUUCAUACUGGAGAAAAACUCUAUGAAUGCAGUGAAUGUGGGAAAGGCUUCUCUUAUAACUCAGAUCUCAGUAUACAUCAGAAAAUUCAUACUGGAGAGAGACACCAUGAAUGCAGUGAUUGUGGCAAAGCAUUCACGCAAAAGUCCACACUCAAGAUGCACCAGAAAAUUCAUACAGGUGAGAGAUCGUAUAUAUGUAUUGAAUGUGGACAGGCCUUCAUCCAGAAGACACACUUGAUUGCACACCGAAGAAUUCAUACUGGAGAAAAACCAUAUGAAUGCAAUAACUGUGGGAAGUCCUUCAUUUCCAAGUCACAACUCCAGGUACAUCAACGAAUUCACACAAGAAUGAAACCCUUUAUAUGCACUGAAUAUGGGAAAGUCUUCAAUGGCAGUUCCAGUCUCAUUACACAUAAGAAAGUUCAUAUUAGAGAGAAAUCUUCCAUAUGUACUGAAUGUGGCAAGGCCUUUACCUACAGGUCAGAGUUGAUUAUACAUCAGAGAAUUCACACUGGAGAAAAACCUUAUGAAUGCAGUGAUUGUGGAAAAGCCUUUACCCAGAAGUCAGCACUCACGGUGCAUCAGAGAAUUCAUACAGGAGAAAAAUCAUAUGUAUGCCUAAAAUGUGGGCUAGCCUUCAUCCAGAAGGCACACUUGAUUGCACAUCAAAUAAUUCAUACGGGAGAGAAACCUUAUAAAUGUGGUCACUGUGGGAAAUCCUUUACUUCCAAGUCACAACUCCAUGUGCAUAAACGAAUUCACACAGGAGAGAAACCCUAUAUGUGCAGUAAAUGUGGGAAGGCAUUCACCAACAGGUCAAAUCUCAUUACACAUCAGAAAACUCAUACAGGAGAGAAAUCAUAUAUAUGUCCUAAAUGUGGCAAGGCCUUCACGCAAAGGUCAGACUUGAUUACACAUCAGAGAAUUCAUACUGGAGAGAAACCUUAUGAAUGCAGUACCUGUGGAAAAGCCUUCACCCAGAAGUCACAUCUCAAUAUACACCAGAAAAUUCACACUGGAGAGAGACAGUAUGAAUGCCAUGAAUGUGGGAAAGCUUUCAACCAGAAAUCAAUACUCAUUGUGCAUCAGAAAAUUCAUACAGGAGAGAAACCUUAUGUAUGCACUGAGUGUGGAAGAGCCUUCAUCCGGAAGUCAAACUUCAUUACUCAUCAGAGAAUUCAUACUGGAGAAAAACCUUAUGAAUGCAGUGAUUGUGGGAAAUCCUUCACCUCCAAAUCUCAGCUCCUGGUGCAUCAGCCAAUUCACACAGGAGAAAAACCGUAUGUGUGUGCUGUGUGUGGGAAAGCCUUUAGUGGCAGGUCAAAUCUCAGUAAACACCAGAAAACUCAUACUGGAGAAAAGCCCUAUAUCUGUUCUGAAUGUGGGAAGACCUUCAGACAGAAGUCAGAAUUGAUUAUACAUCAUAGAAUUCAUACUGGAGAGAAACCUUAUGAAUGCAGUGACUGUGGCAAAUCUUUCACUAAGAAAUCACAGCUCCAGGUGCAUCAGCGGAUUCACACAGGAGAGAAGCCUUAUGUGUGUGCUGAGUGUGGGAAGGCCUUCACCGACAGGUCAAAUUUGAAUAAACACCAGACAACACACACUGGAGACAAACCCUACAAGUGUGUAGUCUGUGGGAAAGGCUUCGUUCAGAAAUCAGUGCUCAAUGUGCAUCAGAGUAUUCAUGCUUGAGAGAAACAGAAUGAGAAAACCUCAGUGAGAGCAGGUCUGAUUGUACAUUACUGAAUUCAUGCAGCAGAAAAAUAUACAUAUUAUUGCAAGUAGAAGUGCUGCAUCAGAACGUUGCUCACUACAGAAGAGGACCUCUGAGAGGGCCCUGAAUGAGGGAUGCUCUUCCCACAUUGUCACCAGCCUUAUUAAACCUUGGGGCAUUCAUACUGAGAAGGAACUUUGUCAGUUUGAUACAUUAGAAGCCUUGUCAUGAAAAAUAUGAUGGAACACUUAACAAAUUCUGCAUAGGAAAGAUUAUAAUCGUUAAAUCAUGUUAAUGAUAAUCCUGUUUACUGUGGAACAGGUAAAGUGCCAACAAGUUGAAUGGUAGAACAACAUAAUAUAUACGAUAGUGACAAACCCUAAGUUCUGUGAGGUAUUUGUUGCAGCACACAUUGUUUAACAGAAUUUGGGGUAUUUUUCCAUUUUUCUGUUGACUGUAACGUGGUUGUGUGUAUCCAAUCCCCCAGUAAUUAUUUCUAUCAAGAAAGAGAUACCACAA